AUGGAUCCUUUCGAACAGAUUCCUCUACAUCUCCUGCUGGAUCUCCUGAAGGAGGUCCCCGAUCUUCUCUCUCUCCACCACCUGCUACACGCCUCACCCGCCAUUUCCGCUGUCUUCAACGACUAUGGAGUGGAAAUCACAGGGGCCGUCCUCACAGCCAGCAUGUCCCUGCCCAUUCGGCAUCUGAUUCUUGCCGUUGCCCGGAUCAAGUGCAACACAUAUACCAAGAAGGAUGUGGAAGAGCUUCUCACCCUCUUCGGCGACGACGGAUUUGGGGGUGAGAGAUGGGAGUCGAUGCCCCUUCUCUCGAGCACGGUUCCUCGCAACUCUGCGCCUGCCAUGCGCGAGAUUCUCGUUUUGGCAUGCCAUAUUCAGCAUCUCGCUGAGCAGUGCAUCGAGCUCUGGAUGCAGCGCAUUCAGUCAGCAAAUCUGCAGUGCCUCGAAGACCCCUGGUUCAAAUACAAUCUACGCACCUCGCGCGCGCCGCAGGCGUACGACCAGCACCCCGCGGGGAAACCAUAUAAAGCGCCCCACCCCGGACCCCCGACACUGGUAGAACGGCAUAAGGUGAUGGAAUCGAUGUGGCAUAUCCAGCUGCUCUUUGAGCUUCAGGAGGCAGCGCGUCAGCAACGAAUCUCAGAUUGGGGGGAAAAUUAUGUCCAGCGUCUCGCUUCUCUUUCAGUCGUUGACUUCUGGCAAGUCCUUGACUCGCGAAAUAAGUGUCAGCCAUUGAUAUCCGUCGUCGAGGCCCUGGAGAGCCUAUACAACGGCUUCUCAAAUCCGCUGUUGUCGCCGUUUCCACGGUAUAACGGAUUGAAAAGAUACGCAUGGCCGACCCGCGGAGGCUCCGAUGUCUGGCAACACUCUCAUAAAGAUGACUGCCGUCUCUUCUUUGAAUCCCGUGGACAGUUUUACUGGGGGUUUUUUUUUAAAAGACCAUCUCCUUUGACAGCAAUCCCGUUCGACCCAUUUAGACGAUACGGGUUUGCCUUCUGGGGGAGGGAUACCAUGGCGACAAUGGGAUUCGAUUCAGAGGAAUCUGUUACUCCUAACGACCUGUCGCACCUUUUCAAGUCCAAGUCUGAACGUAAGCGGCCGAUGGGCUUCGAAUUUCAUUUUCGGUGGCGAAGUCUGCUUACAGAGGCCGAUGAGAGGUGGUUCGCUGAGAUAAGACCAGCUUUGUACGAAGCAUGGUUUGAGUGGUGGAAUAGAUCCCGGGGCUUUCAUGUUGAUGGUUGA